CUUGGUAGUGUGAUGAAUUAUUAACGCCAAGUACGAAGUACUAGUAGUGCUUGUUGAAGUUUUGAUUAGUUUGCACUCAUUAAAAUUUGACUACUAAUAAUAACGGAUGAUGAACACCUUAGCAUGUGAUAACCAUGUCGUUCAAUGAUUUCGGAGCCGCCAUAGCCUGGGGCGAUCCUGAGCAUCAACCUGGCGACAUAGUAAAGGAUGCGAUACGGAAGGAGAGGAUUUUGAAAGAGAUUGCAGCUGCACAGGGCGAUUUGCAAGCACUUGUUGCACGAGUGCACAGCGUCCAGUCAGAUGUCGACAAACUUACGUCCGAGAAUUCGACUUUGCAGAUGUACAUCGACAACCUAACCAUGCAGAUGGCAAAGAGGAAGUAAUUUUUCUGUUGUUUGCUAUCUAUGUAUGUGUAAGUCAUGAUCGAGCUCUUAUGUAUCACCUGCGGUUGAACGUUCAACUUUUCAUCAGACCACCAUCAUGCGGGUUCACUAUUGGUUUUCCUCUUGCACGUCUAUAUCGCAGAAUACGGUACCCUCGAGUUUCUUGGCCUGAAUGAGAACUUCUUUUUUUGCUGUCUAGCAUGGGUUAGUCAGAUCUGUGGAACGUGCUCAAAUUCGGAACAAGUCAAAUGUCAUCCGACAAGCUGUAGACCCGCACUGCUUCGACCAAAACGCCGUGACGAAGAAGUCAUCUAUCAUGGCUGUGCAUAGUCAAACCCAGGCUUCCUGACAGGAUAAUCCUACGUGAUUGACACAUUCAUUCAAACAGGACAGUGAUGUGUAU